CCAAUCACAAUGCACGUAGAGACGUUUGCCCUAUUACGCUCAAGCUCCCCAGGAAUACUUCCUGGUUUAGGAGCGCACGUUUUCUGCUCGCUGCUCUUUAAUUUCCUUCCAUUAAUAACGCGGUAACAUUUACAUUAAAAGAGCUGAUGGCAAAGGACAAGUCUUUGAAACCAAAUCACCCCAAGGGGAAGAAAUCCAGCGCUAAUGUAGCAGAAGAACCCCUGGAAACUAAAAUCAAAAAGAAAAGGAAACACGUGGAAGUAGAGGAAGCCCCAGUACAGAUUCCCUGUGUUACAAACCCAGAUGAGGAAACAAGUAAAAAGGGCAAGAAGCCCAAAAAGAACAAGGCGACAAAAGAAGUCUGCUUAGAGCUUCCACAUCCAGCCAGCUGUCCUGAGGGGACACAGAAGCCAGAGGGAGAAGGAGACCAAGACAGUGCCUUGACCCCUGAAGAGAAACGGGUCCUGGAAAGGAAGCUGAAGAAGAUACUGAACAAGGAGAAAAAGAAGCAGCUGAAAACAGAAGGACGGACCAAGCUGAAAACUCAAGAAUCUGGACCAAGCGCACCUAAUCAGGCCUUGGAGUACCUUACUUGCUGGGCAGAGAAGCGGUCAGCAUGGAAGUUCCAGAAGAGCAGGCAGACGUGGUUAUUGCAGAACAUGUAUGACUCUGAAAAGAUCCCAGAUGAAACAUUUGUGGUGCUGCUUCAGUAUCUGGAGGGGCUGUGGGGAAAAGCAAAGGAAACAUCAGUCCUAAAGGCCUUAAUGCUGGUAGAAGAGUCUGGAAAGGCACCAAAGGACAUAGCUGUCCAGCAGAGGGCGCAGAGGGCCAGAGAAGUGAUCCAGCUCUUCUCCUGACCCAUGGGAACUACUGGACUUGAUAAAAUAAUACAGGAAGAGACUGAACGAAAAACCUCAUCUCUUUCUUGGAACUGUUGCCUGUGAUUAAUUUCUUUAAAGGCCCACAUGUUUCUCUUUACUACUAGAAUCCACAUAGAGUACACUUCCUCAUGUUUACCACAUCCCGAAUCUCAAAUAAAUAAUUUUCCCAACAGAUGA